AUGCAAGUUUUACAGGAUAUUUCUGGCUUUGCUUUUACAAAAGUAAAUAGCUUUGGUGCUAACAUUAUGUGGGCUGUAUUCAGUUCUGUUAGCUUGUUGCACCAUUUCAAGUACGACGUCUUGAACCAUACGCAGGAUUCCAUUGAUGCUACGUCGAUAUCAAUUCCUAAGAAGCUUCCGCCAUUUCUUUACUCGCCACAUGGCAACGCAUUGAACCCAAAAUGGGUGAGGUUAGUGGGUGAGGUUAUAAACUAUAUAUUCCUAACCUUUAGUAUGAUACAAAGCAUUCAGCUUUUGGCAAAGAGGAAAAAAGCUAAUUCUUCUAAUGAAGUUCAUACCAAAACUACUUGGGUGCAAAUUGCUACUUGUUUCUUAGUUCUUGAUCAAUUGGUAUUGGAUAUUAUUCUUUAUGCAUUCACUAAAAAGGAAUUUAUGCUAUCAAGUAUUGCUGUUACAAUUACUGUGGGAUUUUUACAAAUUUAUCAAUAUAGGACAUCUCCAAUUGCUUUGGCAUCGGGAAUACUUUACUGGAUUACAACUUUUGUCGUCUUUUUUGUGAUUAUUGUCCAAGACAUCUCUUCAAAACACAAGAUAAUCGCAACCACAUCAGUCGAAUUGGGUAUUGAAACCAUUGUUAUGUUAAACAGUUUAAUUUUAUUUGUUUUAAAUGCUUUUUACUAUAAACCUGGGUUUGAGAUUGAAAACAGGGGUGGAUAUAGUGAUGACGGCAAUAAUAUUGCUGAUAAUGAUUACAAAAGCAAUAAACAAAAGGAGGUUGACGUUAUAUCUUAUUUUACGUUCAGGUUUAUUCAACCCGUUAUUGAUAAAGUGUACAAGACUGAUGAUUUGUCUAUGGCAGAGUUGCCGGAUGUCUUGGGGAACCUCAAAUGCGAUAAUUCUACAUUGGCUUUGAAGAAGAACUGGGAGUAUGAAUUAAACGUUAAGAACCAUUUGUUUGCUAAAAUCUGGCUGAUUGUUACUCGCAAGAAGUAUGCCAACACGCCAAGUUUGUUUAGCUCAAUUUACAAAACAAACAUUUCCUACAUCUGGGGAAACCUAUUGUUUAGCUUUGCAAACAUUGCGCUUACUUUUGCCCAGCCAUUUAUUCUCAAAGAACUAAUUGAGUUUUUUGCUAAAUAUCUUUCAACUGAUAGUCAAAAUCACCCUCCAAUAAUUGUUGGUUAUUUCUGGGCUGUCUUGAUGUUUAUCGUUGCUACGGUUGAUUUCAUAGUAUACAAUCAAGCAAUCAUUUUGCAAAACAACUUAGCGUAUGCUAUAAGAAGCUCACUAACUGUAUUGAUUUAUGAAAAAGCACUCAAGCUUUCACCAGCAUCGAAAAAGAAAAAACCAACAGGUGAUAUUAUAAACUCGUUAUCUGUUGAUAUUGGGCGCAUUAAUGGUUUUACAAUGAGUUUGGGUGAGUACGCAUCAAGCCCCAUUAAGCUUGUUAUCUGUCUUGUUGCAUUGUACAGGUUUUUUGGAUUUGCAUCUUUUUUUGGCUUGGGUGCUGCCCUUAUCUCGGUGCCUCUAAUUACUUUGGUCAAUACAACGGUGAUGUCUAGUUAUAAGCAAUUGAUGAAGGAUAAAGAUGAUAGAACUUCAUUGAUUAAGGAAAUUGUUAACCUGGCAAAAAGCAUCAAGCUAUAUUCGUGGGAAACUCCUAUGUUAAAAAGAUUGAACCAUAUCAGAAAUGAUAGAGAGUUGCAAAACAUGAAAAAGAUUGGUGUUGUUGUUGCUCUUGCUCAAUUUUUGUGGUCAUGUGUCCCAUUUAUUAUUAGUUGUGCUUGUUUUGCUGGUGUCACUUGGCUUUACGGUCUUCCGUUGACACCUGAGAUUGUUUUUCCUGCAUUGACAUUAUUUGGACUAUUAAUGGAACCAAUGAUGUUUAUCCCUCACUUUAUAAUAAAUGUUCUUGAAGUUGCCGUAUCACUUGGAAGAUUAACAGAAUUACUCACUUUGGAAGAAAUAAGUCCCAAUCAGAAUGGAAAAAUACAAAGACGCGAUGUUUCCAAUGGUGGUAAAUAUUCUGUGUUGAUUAAAAAUGCUGAUUUCGUUUGGGAUGAUAAUAAUACCAAGGAAGAGUAUAAGGAUGAGGAAAGUGAAAUGCAACAACAAGAUAAUGAGAAUGGCGAGAACUUUGCAUUGAAAAACGUAAAUUUCUAUGCAAUCAGGGGGAAAUUGACUUGUAUUGUUGGUAGAGUUGGAAGUGGUAAAUCCACUUUAUUGGAUGCAAUCUUGGGUGAUGUACCUAUUAAGACCGAGUCUCGAUACUCAGAUGAUCCAAAUAGUUCUAGCUCAUUACCUUUAAUUGAGACUUUUGGCAAUAUUGCUUAUUGUCCUCAAGCUCCUUGGAUAUUGAAUGGCACCAUCAAAGACAAUAUCUUAUUUGGCCACAAAUAUGACUCUGAGUUUUACCGCAAGACAAUAGUUGCAUGUCAACUAGUUGCCGAUUUCCAAUCUUUGGAAUUAGGUGAUAAAACUCUUGUUGGUGAAAAGGGUAUUUCUUUGAGUGGUGGACAAAAGGCACGUAUUUCUUUAGCAAGAGCAGUAUACGCGAGAGCGGAUAUUUAUUUGUUGGAUGAUGUUCUUUCGGCAGUCGAUGCCCAUGUGGGCAAGGCAUUGAUGAGAGAAGUUUUGUCACCGCAAGGUAUUAUUGGGAACCGUACUAAGAUUUUGGCAACAAACUCUGUACCAGUUUUGCAUAUGGCUAGUGACAUUUUUCUUUUGUCAAAUGGAUCCAUUAUAGAGCAUGGUGAUUAUGAUUCAGUUGUCAAAAAUAACGGUGAAUUGGCGAAACUAGUUGAGGAAUUUGGAAAGAAAGCUGGGAAUAAUAAUGAAUCUGAUACAAAAAGCGAUCUGCAAAUUGAGGCAGAAGAGUCCUGGAGUCAAAGGCACGACGUGGUUGACGAAGCCCAAGCAGAACACAAUUUACUUGAAAUUGCUGAUACUCCUUUGGAACCUUCAGGUCCCGGUGUUAGAAGCUUACGUCGAGCAAGUGUUACUUCAUUUGAUCACGUAUAUGAUGAUGAUGAUGUUGAUGAAGAUGAAGAUAAUGAAAUUUUUGCCAAUACAGAUAUUGACAAUGACGCUGGCCAACCUCAAGGUCAACGUCAGGGAGCCAACGUUUCCAAGUCAGUGCGAAAGACACCACUCGAUGAAGAAGAGAGAGAAAAGGGUGCUGUUCCUCUCAAAACAUUUGUGCGCUACGCCAAGGAAUGUAACUACAAAUUAUUCCUUGUGUUCGUAGUGUGUAUUUUGGCAAACUCGGUAUUAAAUGUUCUUGAAUCGUAUAUUUUGAAAUAUUGGUCAAAUUUGAACAAAGAGAAUAAUGCAACAGUAGCUCCUGGUUUUUAUUUGGGACUCUAUUUUGCUACUGGUGCAAUGGCUGGUGUCGUUAUUUAUAUUGGUUACUAUAUCCUUUGGUCGUAUUGCAUUAUUAAAGGUGCUGCAUACUUUCAUAAUGAGAUGGCAAAAGCAAUAUUGCGCUCUCCUAUGUCGUUUAUUGAGACCACACCUGUUGGUAGAAUAUUGAACAGAUUCACACAGGAUAUUGACAAGACAGAUAUGAUGUUACCAUUCACCAUGAUUCAGUUUAUUCAAACUUUUAUCAGUGCAAUAGUGACAUUCUUGGUGAUUGUUCUGACUUUGCCGAUGAUGUUGGUCAUUAUAGUCUUGUUCUCAGUGGUUUAUAACUAUUAUCGAGUGCGGUACAUUCCAACUUCGAGGGAAUUAAAGAGGUUACAAUCCACGGCCAAUUCACCCGUGUUGGCGAUUAUCCAGGAGACGUUGGCUGGGGUUGAUACCAUCAAGGCAUUUCAACAGAAAGAACGGUUUAUUCACAAGUGCAAAAAGUACAUUGAUGAAAGGACUUUGGUCAAUAUAGUUAGUGUUGAUGUUGACAGGUGGCUUUCAAUGAGAUUGCAGUCUAUCUCAUCUCUAAUAUUGUUUGCUACUGCAUUGUUUGCAGUUUGGACACUAAAUACCAAGAAUCCUAUUGAUGCUGCCUUGCUUGGUUUCCUUAUGACAUUUGCCUUGAAUGUUGCCUAUAUGUUGUCGGGUUUGAUCAGGUCGUGGGGUAUGGUUCAAGCAAAUGGUGUUGCUUUGGAAAGGAUUAUUGAGUACUGUGACUUACCUUCUGAAGGUGCAAUGAUUAUUGAAGGUAAAAGACCAAAUGCGGAGUGGCCUGCUCAGGGUGUUGUUGAGUUCAAGGACUAUAGCACUGCAUAUAGAGAAUAUCUAACUCCAGUGUUGAAGCAGAUCAAUCUCAAGAUUGAGGCAAAAGAGAAAGUUGGUAUAGUUGGACGUACUGGUGCUGGUAAAUCUUCGUUAACAUUGGCAUUGUUUAGGAUCAUCGAAGCUACAGGCGGAUACAUUGAAAUUGAUGGCGUCAAUGUCAAUGAAAUUGGUCUUUAUGAUCUUAGACACCACUUGACAAUUAUCCCACAAGAGGCGCAUACAUUUAGAGCAUCAGUGAGGGAGAAUUUGGAUCCUUUUGGAGAGUAUACAGAUGAGAAGUUGUGGAAGGUUUUAGAGUUGGCACAUUUGAAGGAACAUGUUGAGAGCAUGGAGACUGAUCCAACAAAGGAUGAAAAAGAAAAAAGUGAAGAUCCCGAUGAGUUGCCAAAGAAGCGUGGUUUGGAUGCGCAUAUUGAAGAAGGUGGUGCCAAUUUGUCAGCAGGACAGAAGCAGCUAUUGUGUUUGGCUAGGGCCUUGCUAAACGAGACGAGUAAGAUUCUUGUGCUUGACGAGGCAACGGCUGCAGUUGACUUUCAAACGGACAAGAUCAUUCAGGAGACUAUUAGGGAACAGUUUAAGGACAAGACCAUCUUGACUAUUGCGCACAGAAUAGACACCAUUAUGGAUAGCGAUAAGAUUUUGGUUUUAGAUAAGGGUGAGGUUGCAGAGUUUGAUACUCCUCAAAACCUCUUGAAGGACAAACAAAGUAUCUUUUACUCUUUGGCAAGCGAAGGCGGCUAUCUCAAGUAG